GUCAAAAAUCAUAAGCGCAAAACACAAAACUUAGUAUCUCAAAGUCAAAGAAAUUAACACUUCUUUACUAUCGAACUUGCUAAAUAAAUUAGUUCAUAUAUAAAUACGACACGAAGAACAUUAACUAACUUAUGGAAACGGAGCUUGUUAAACAAAACAUGUAUAAUAUUGGUUUUAUUGGUGGUGGAAAUAUGUCCACUGCAAUUGCUAAAGGAAUUUUGAGAAAUGAGUCGUACUCAGCAUCUCAAAUCUGGGUAUCUGGUCCUCAUAUAGAUCACUUAAAGCACUGGGAAGAAAUGGGUGCUAAUGUAACAGAUAAAAAUGGAGAAGUAUUAAGUAAAUGUGAUGUUGUAUUUCUUGGUGUUAAGCCUGGUGUAUUGAGUUAUGCUGUUGGUGAUUGUCUUAAAUCCUUGCCUACUGAUGGUCCUCGUAAAGACUUCUUUUUCGUUUCAAUGUUGGCUGGUGUCACUAUUGAAAAUCUACAUAAGGCUUUUAAGGUGUUUGAUUUUCCUACAAGUGUGAUUAGGAUAAUGCCCAAUACACCAAUGAGUGUGGGCGCCGGGAUUUGUCUAUAUACACCAGACAAUAUAGUCAAACCAGAGCAAUGUAUGCUGUUAGAGAAAAUUCUUUCCAGUUGUGGAAUUUGUGAGAAAGUUGCUGAACCACUAAUGAAUUCUGGAGGUGUCCUGCCUGCGUGUGGACCAGCUUUUAUGUAUAUUGUAAUAGAAGCUUUAGCAGAUGGAGCAGUAAAACAGGGUGUUCCAAGAGCAAUGGCGAUGCAUUGGGCUGCACAAGUGCUAGUGGGCAGUGGAGAAAUGGUGCUGCAGUCCAAAAAACACCCUGGACUAUUGAAGGAUGAAGUCUGUUCACCAGGAGGAUCGACUAUAUGUGGUGUAACUGCCCUGGAGAAUGGAAGAUUGAGAGCCACCUUAAUCAAUGCGAUAGAAGCAGCAACAUUGAGAACUUAUGAAAUGGGGAAGAAAUAAAUAAGUUAAAAAAUUACGGGUAAUAACAAUAGGCGAAUUGCUGGUAAUCUUGCAUAUUUAAUAUUUAGAGCACAUUUUAUAAUUGAUAUAAUUUAUUAACAUCCAAAACCUAAAAUGUAUACUCAUAGUCAAAUAGUGUGUUGUUUUAAUUAUUUAUUCGUAGAUCAGUAUUUAGAUAAUAUAUAAGCAAACUCUUUGAAGAUCUAGUAUAUUUUAUAUUAUAAAAUUCAACCUUUGCUAUAAGCAAGCACAUGCUUUUAGUACAUGCAAAUGUGGCCUAUCCUUUUUUUUUAAAUAAGUCAGGGUUAUGUGAGUUUUUUACUCACUAAAACCCCUUCUGUAGCCGCCCUCACAUGCAAUUUGAGGAUCCCGGGAUCUUCAAUGGAAGCCACCGUUACACAAACAUAUGUGGUCUACCUACAUACCUUUACAUCCUGUUUACACAAAUAUUUAUCUGUGAAGCAUCUCAUGGAAUGUUUUAACCACAAUAAAGUUUAACAAUGCUAUACUAGAAAGAAAGAAAUCAAUUUAUUCAGAAAAAAGAAAGGGAUUCAUUCGGCAUGUGCAUGGUAUACACCGAAGCGCCGGGUUUCUAUGAUUCCUAAAGACAGAACAUGCAGUUUUACAGAAUAGUAGAAGAAGAUACUAUGCCUUAUACUCGCAUAAAACUGGAGUUUUGACACCUUUAUACAAAGAUGUAUUGGUAAAUUUAGUGAAUCCUUUCUUACAGUUACCUAUAUUUUUAAUUUGUACUCAUUAUACUACUCUAUGGUAGGUACAGUUGUGUAUAGUGUAGUGCUUUAAAGUAAAUGCUGCCCACCAAUUAUAUUUUAAUAGUUAUGUUAUGAACAUAUAGUAAUAUUUAUAUAGAUAUAUCAGUAUGCAAAACAAUUAUAAGAUCGGUAGAAAAUGGUAGUGUUUAACCAUAUUUCCCUGCAACAAAUACUAUGUUUUUAUUUUCAUUCAAAUGUAAAUACUAUGACAUAGUAUUUAUGUCAAUUUCAGUAUUAAUUUGACAUUAAUAUUUUUUUUUAUUAUUACUUUUAUAAUGUCAUAAAAUAGAUGUGCGCAUGAUUCAGUAGUUAUGUUAUUUAUGUAAGGCAUUUUUAUCACCUAGCUAAUGUAUUAUCUGUCAAUGUACAAAGCAAUUAAUCCGUAAAAUGUAAUUAACCAAUGGAAAUAGAAAAUGUUAUCAACAUUUCCUUUAACAUUUAUUUAGUGGAUGUUUUAAUUAUUUUUGUGUUGAAUUUUACUUAUGUGUUAUUUAUUUGUAUAAAGUGUCAUUGUUCAUUUGUAAGCUGCAUGUUUCUUAUUUUAGUAUAUGUUAUUACUAUUUAUUAUUUAUUUUAUAUGAC